GCGCGACGCGGAUCGAGCUGGGACCCCAAAGCGCCAUGGUGAAGAAAUCCAGCAACGUGACCUUCCAGUGCCGGGCGCGGUUCGACGAGACGCUGCCGGAGCGCGGGGUCGAGUGGCGGCGGGACGGGCGCCCCAUCCGGGAGUCGGACGACAGCGACAAGUACACCAUCACGCCCGGCUGGCUGCAGAUCGCCGACGUGGACUACACGGACCAGGGCGUGUACAGCUGCCGGGCGCACACGGCGCUGGACUCGGCGGAGGAGAGCGCCGAGCUGCGGGUGGUGGGCCGCCCCGGGCCGGUGCUGGAGCUGCAGGUGUCGGAGCAGCAGGAGCGCCGCGUGAAGCUGAGCUGGACCCCGGGGGACGAUCACAACAGCCCCAUUGACAAGUUCGUGGUGGAGGCGGAGGACGGGCUCCGGGACCCCGGCACCUGGCGGGACGUCAGCACCGUCCCCGGCCAGCAGCCCUGGGCCCGGCUGCACCUGGCGCCCUACGGCCACGUCCGCUUCCGAGUCCGCGCGGCCAAUCGGUUCGGGCGCGGCGAGCCCAGCGCCGCCUCAGCCCCCGUCCGCACCAGCCCGGCGGCCCCCGAGCGUUACCCCGAGGGGGUGGCCGGCGAGGGGAACGAGACCGACAACAUGCUCAUCACCUGGAAGCCCCUGAACAAGUCGGACUGGAACGCCCCCGAGCUCAGUUACCGGGUGCAGUGGCGGCGUCUGGGCGAGGGGGGGAGCUGGAGCGAGGAGACAGUCAGUGGCCCCCCCUUGCUGGUAACGAAGACCCCCACCUUUGUCCCCUACGAGAUCAAGGUGCAGGCCGUGAACCCCGUCGGCAAAGGGCCCGAGCCCCCCACCGUGGUGGGGUACUCUGGAGAGGAUGUGCCCCAGGUGAACCCCGAGAACGUGGGGGUGGAAAUAUUCAACAGCACCAGCGUCCUCGUCAGCUGGACCCUGCCCAACAGAGACCAGCUGCGGGGUCACCUCCGGGGGUUCAGGGUGUUUUACUGGCGGCUGGGCAGUGUGGGGGAGCGGAGCCGGCGCCAGGCCCGGACCCAGCCGCCCCCGCUGGUGCUGACGGUGGCAGGGGAGGUGUCGCAGGCCAGGCUGGGGGGGCUGCGCCCCUGGAGCUGGUACCGCCUCUACAUGGUUGUGUUUAACGGGCGCAGCGACGGGCCCCACAGCGAGGACAUUGACUUCAACACCCCCGAGGGAGCCCCCCAGGCUCGCUGCUCCUGGAGCGGGUGUCAGACACGGUGCUGGCUCUGGAGUGGACGCCCCCCCCAGUUCCCCAAUGGGGCACUGACUGAGUACCUGCUGCAGUACCAGCAGGUGAACGGGUCGGAGCUGGGCCCCCUGCACGAAAUCUCCUUCCCCGUCUCCCAGCUGAACGGGACGCUGGCCCGGCUGGAGCCGCGGGCCCGGUACCGGUUCCACCUGCGGGCGCUGACCCGGGCCGGCCUGGGCGAGCCGCUGGUGCAGGAGGGCAGCACCGUGCCUGAGCCAGUGCUCCCCACUUUGGACAACAUCAGCAUCUCGCUGGUGGGCCCCGAUUUCACCAUCAUCACCUGGGUCCCGGCCCGGCACCAGGCCAGCGUGGAGUUCGAAAUCCAGUUCAUGAGGAAGACCACUCUCGAGCCCUGGCGCACGUCCGGCCAGGCCAACUCCACCCACGGCUCCUACCGGCUCCUCGACCUGCAGCCUGGCACCUCCUACUGCGUCCAGUUCGUGGGGCGCGACCCCUCGGGGGAGAGCGUCGCCUUCUGGGAGAGUGAGGUGCAGACCAACGGCAAGCUGCUGACGACCGACCAGCACAGCUUCGCCACCGAGGGCUGGUUCAUCGGCUUCAUCUGCGCCGUGGUCCUCCUGCUUCUGCUUCUGGUCAUCCUCUGCUUCGUCAAACGCAGCAAGGGCGGGAAGUACUCGGUGAAGGACAAGGAGGAUACGCAGGUCGACUCUGAAGCCCGACCCAUGAAGGACGAGACGUUCGGGGAGUACAGAUCCCUGGAGAGCGACAACGAGGAGAAGCCGUUCGGCAGCAGCCAGCCCUCGCUCAACGGGGCGCUGCCGGCGCUGGGCAGCGAGGACAGCCUGGCCGACUACGGGGGCAGCGUCGACGUGCAGUUCAACGAGGACGGGUCCUUCAUCGGCCAGUACAGCGGCCACACGGGCAAGGAGCCGGCCGGCAACGACAGCUCGGGGGCCACCAGCCCCACCAAUGUCACGGCCACCCUGGAGUAG